AUGUAUAUUGAACUGAAUCACGUUUCGAAUAACAAUUUUUCUCAAAACUCUGGGGCUCAUUCGAUCCCAAACGAACUUAGGGGAAUUACUGACUUGGUGCUUGUUGUUGAUACCACUUUGGAUGAUGACUUAGAAAGAGUUAUAAUUCCUGACAUUCCCACAGUUGGUCCAAUUUUGCUCCAUAACAAUUAUACUGUUGAUUAUGAACACCACCUGAAUUUGUUAUUCGAUAAUGCACAUAAGUUCAAAAAUCAGUUGAGUCCUGUGACAAUUACUUUGCAAUUCAGAUUAGGACUUGAAGAUAAUGGAAGUUCAAUGAUCGAACUAUUAUUGAAGGCAAAUGAUUUGAGAACUUUGGGAAAUUUUAAGUUUAAAAUUUAUAUUUUUAAGAUCGUAUCUCAUCAAAAGCCUGAUCCUUUUAAGAUUCCUGCCUUAGAAUACUUCAUUAAUUUGAAUCCCAUUGGCUUCCGAUUUGAUACAGAUAUUAUGCCAAGUAUUCCAUUCAUUUCGGAUGAAGAACUGGGAAUAAAAUAUCAUAAGAAUGUGAACACACACAUACCAAUUACAAUUUCCUGGUUAGGAAAAGAUCUCGAAGAGUUACAUCUAGGUCAAAAAGUUAGAUUAAUUGGUACAGAUUAUUUAGAUCUCAAAUUUCCAAAGUUAGUUAAUCAUAGCUUUGAAUGUUACGAUCUUGUCACCAGUCAUAAUUGGCCUGUAUUCUUUUCUAAGAAUGUUACAAUCAAGUGCUUAACCUUACGAAAUUUUCAAACUGCUUAUUAUCAAGUCUUUUCGAGUUCAUUUGAUAAGGUUACACUCAUUGGAUUCGAAAGGUCAAUUAAAGACAGAUUGCUAAUGGAAUAUUUGUUCCUGACAAAAACAUUAUAUUUUUAUGGUGUUCCUUUCCAAUUUGGUGAAUGGUAUGCUCUAAAUCCAUUUGUCACAGCUUUUCCUAUCAAGACAGAAGCCAUAUAUUACCUGAUGAAUCCAGAUUGGUCUUCAGACUUUAAAAUGAAGAUAUACUACAGUAUCAUGCGUUUGAGGUUAAAGUUUAAUAUUAAUAUAUGUGAAGUUCCAUUUUUACCUCAUCAUCAAAUGACAUUCAAGAGUGAUGAUUUCCAUAAUACUUUACAUUAUGGUGAUUAUUUAGCUGGAGAAAUAAAACCUGCUGAAUUUAAAUAUGACGAAUAG